AUGGAACCAUACCUGCUCACAGCGACCGAGUGUCUGGAAAGAUUCAAGGAUGGGUCAUUGACCGUCGAAGCCUACGCACGCUCGCUCCUUGCACGCAUAGGCCAACGAGACUCCGCUGUCAAAGCAUGGGCGCACUUGGAUUUCGAGUAUGUCAUAGAGCAGGCUAAAGCCCUGGAUCAAAUCCCUUCCGAGAAGCGAGGGCCCCUCCACGGAGUCUCGGUAGCAGUCAAAGACAUUAUGCACACAAAACGCGAUGCUCCAGAGAUAGAUGCUGGCUCAGUCACGAUCCUUAAGAGAGCCGGCGCCCUUCUCAUCGAUGAGGAUAUUUUCGUGUGCAAGAUGGCUGAUUAUGCAACAGGGAAGUCAACAACAACACAGUUUGCCUCACCAAAAGAUGGACCUCCAACUUGUAACCCAAAUGAUUUAUCGAGAACACCUGGAGGCUCAUCUUCAGGUUCUGCCGCCGCCGUGGCGGAUUAUCAAGUCGCAAUUGGUUUAGGCACUCAGACGGGUGGCAGCACAGUCCGGCCAGGAUCAUUCAAUGGAAUUUAUGCUAUGAAGCCUACGUGGAACGCCAUAACUCAACAAGGUCACAAAACAUACUCUUUAACAUUGGACACAAUAGGCUUCUUCGCUCGUUCAGUUGAUGACCUUGAGCUUUUUGCUAAGAUCUUUGCCUUAGAAGACGAUGCUCCAAGACAAGCAGAGGCUGUUGUUUCUAUCCAGGGAGCAAAAUUUGCAUUUGUGCGGACAGUGGUGUGGCCGGAGGCUGGCCCAGGGACACUCGCCGCUAUGGAUACCGCGGAAAGACUGCUUCGAGAACACGGGGCUGAGGUAGAAGUGGUCGACCUUCCGCCCGAGUUCGAUGAGAUGCCUCGGUGGCACCGCAUCAUCAUGGAUACUGAAGCCCGAUCAGCAUUUCUCCCAGAAUACCGGAUUUCAAGAGAGCAACUGCAGCCGUUCAUUGCCGAUCAUGUUGAGAAUAGCACAAAGAUUUCCAGGGCAGAACAGCUGGAGGCUUUUGACGGAGUUGCAGCUCUUCGCCCGAAAUUUGACAAGAUUGCAUCAAAGUACACCGCUAUAAUCACUCCUAGUGCCAUUGAUGAAGCGCCUUUGGGGCAAAAGUUCACGGGGAGUGCGGCGUUCAAUGUCAUCUGGACGGCAUGUUUCUCUCCUUUAUAA